AUGCUUCGUGAUGUGAUCGAGCUUCGUCAAAAUAAGUGGAUUCCUCGCCGGGAAGAAAAUUAUAAUCCAAAGACUAUUGAUCAAAUUCACAAGGAAGCACAAAUGGAGAAAAUUCAGGAACAGAGAUUAGCGGCCCAGUUGCCUGCGAAGGAUAAUAAACACAAGAAAGGCGGGCCAGGUAAUACUUAUAUAUUAAUAACAGUUAUUCUGCGAACUCGAGUCGUAUAUGAGCUCAUAGCCGACGGGAUGAGUUUGGCUUACAGUCAUAUACGACGAGAGUGAGUAGAAUAUAACUGUUUUAUUAUACAGAGUGUAUAAAAAAAUUGAACAGAUUUGAAAUUGCUCUCAAUUUCGCAAAACAGCUCGUGGUACCCAUAAUGUAGAAUAAUGGGAAAAAAAUACUCAAAUUUUGUAAACCAGGGGGGUGUUUCUUUUCCAACAAACUAAAAAUGGCUUGCGCACGAAAUUUGAAAGCUUUAAUCGUAUUUUGAGUUAAUGAUGGAAAAUUUGUUGGGUUUUUAAUUACUGUACAAAAUUUCAGACAAUUUGCUUUAGUUUAAGCCUUUAACUAUUCAUUUUUUUUCUAAAAAAUCAGCCUUUCGCAUGCUUAAUUAAUGCCUUUACCUAAUUUGCAUAUUGCAGCAAUAUGCUGAACAUUCGUAACUCAUUCACUCGUUCACAUCCAUCAGAAGAAGAGAAUAACACUAAAAAUCCAAGUGGUUUACUCGCCUCUGGAAACAUAUAGCUAGGAAACAAUAUUUCUGCAUCAGUGUUCACUAGUAUGUCCUUAUCCUUAUCCUGGCUAGUAUUAAUAAUAAUAUGCAACAUUCACUGAUGUCUUACAAUAUUAGACAGUUUUAGAUAACAAGACGGGGACGUCAAGAGGACGUGGAUGUCGUCAUUUGGCGCCAACUAUCGUCAGCUUCUGGUUUGCGACGUCGUCUUGGACGAUUUCACGACGCGAAAAUACAAUUUUCACGUCCUCUCUAGAACGUCACAGAUUUUUGUUUCUUUUGAAAAAAAUAUGAGACUAUGCAUAAUAAAAAUCAUCCUAUUUUGUUCCCCAUGCAUUGUUUAAUGAUACUAGCUAAAGUUUUUCCAUUGCCAAGGUUGUUUUUCUUGUAUUUCGCUAAAUUUUGGACGAGCUGAUUUUCGACAAAUACUUUCGGUCGCCAUAAACAAAUCAACAAAACUGCAAGCAUUGUUAAUAACCACUUCAAUACCGCUAGUAAUCAUCACCAAAACAAAUAUUUUAGAACAAACUAAACUGAAGUUAUAUUAACAACUGUUUAAAAUCAGGAAAACGUGGGAAAAUAGAAAAAUAAAAGCACUUAAAAGCAGUAAAAACUCAAUCAAUUUUAGUUGCUCUGUCACAACAGUGCAAAAAGUAGGACAAGCAAAAAAACGCUUUCCAGCGUGAAAAACUAUCGUAAACAGUAUUAAAUUUUACCAAUGUGAACACUGAUGCUAUAUUUAUACUGAACAGUUGACAAACUUGAUUGAAUAGGCUACAAACUAAAGCAUUUAGCUCGUAAACAAUACCUGCUGCUAUUGUAUUUAUUCCAAAUGAUGCAACAAAGUUCACUUUUCAAAAUACCGAAAUAUAGGGUUUUUUCUAAAAAAAACUUAUUGAAUGUUCAUACUAAUUCAUCAGGAAAUACUUAGCCAGUAUUAUAUAGCCUUUUCUUGCACAUAUCUUGCCAACUGAUUGAAAACAAUACAGGAAUGAACAGGUAACAAGAAAACAAAAAUUUGCUUCGAGAAAGACAAACAAGCCGUCCCAGAUCAAAACCCGGAAGUGAACGCGAGAUGCAUACGUCAUUUUCACGUCCUCUUGACGUCCGCGUCUUGUUAUCUAAAACUGUCUAUUACAUUUACAGGGGGACGAGACAGUCCUAAGCCAACAUCAAAUGAUGGAUGGAUUACCACUGGCAAGGGUGGAAAGUCUGUGCCUAUUGAUCAAAAUAAGCUGAGGAACAUGGCUAAGGUAAUUUCAGUACCGGUUGUACGAAGGACGGAUAGCGCUAUCCAUUAGAUAGUGUCUUUUUUAACCGUUGUAAAAUGUUUGAAAAGCUGUAAAAAUACGGAGAUGAACCUCACAAUUACUGAAAAGAAAGUUUGAUUUAUAAAUACUUAAAGUUAAACUGGGUUAUACCAAUCAGCGGAUAAUUUUAGAAAACGUGCUUUCGUACAACGGCCCCUAGAUUGUCGACUGUCUUACAAUAGGUGUUGAGGAAAUGAAUUCAGUGACUGGAAAGAGCAGCUGAAAAUUAGUAGCUAUACACAUUUGACCACAUUUGGUUAAAUCUUGAGUUAAUAAUUAUGUUCAUGUUUACUGUAGCGAGCGACUACUGAGGAAAUCUCCUUGGGUCCCAGUGCUCGGUUCGGCCAGUGGGGUCGCGGUAGCUCUGCUGGUUUGAAUAAUUCUUCACAAGAACAAGAUCAACCUCAGGCGAACAGAUUUUCGGCAUUAAGUGCUGGUAGUGGUGGUGGUGAUAUGCCAUCCAACCGACCCUACGACCCCAGAAGAUCUAAUUCAGCUGGUUCAAGGUAAGGAAUUGUAUUUUUGAUAAUUUAACACAUAUAGCAGUGGACUAGAUUACUAAAGGUUGAGAGUUCAAAUCAUGUGUGCUCAUAUAUAAAGAAUACGAAGUCACCACCAAUCUCUGUAGACUUGAUAGCUCAACAGAUGGAGAAGUGGGCUAGAUUACUAAAGGUUGAGAGUUCAAAUCUCGCGUACUUAUAAAGGAUAAGAAGUCAGCACCAAUCUCUGUAGGCUUGAUAGCUCAACAUUGUAGAGCAGUGGACUAGAUUCCUGAAUGUUGAGAGUUCAAAUCUCGUGUACUUGAUGUAUAAGGAAUCAGAACUCACGGCAAUCUGUGCAUAGGCUUGAUACGACAAAAGGUUAGAAUCAGUUACUUGAUAAACUUUCACAUUUUUUAGGCCCUCGUCAGGUGGCUCGCGGGGAAGUGAUAAAAGUCGGGUCAAAAGUGACAAAGAUCGAGAGAGCGCACUUGAAGCAGUGAGAGCUCUUAGUAAGCCACAGAAUGAGAAACCGCAAGUCACACAGGUAUAGUGUUUACAUUCAUCCCGCUUCGACCGAGCCUUCAACGCCAUUCUUCGACUAUUGUGUAUACAGCUACUAUAAACAUGUUGUAUAAACUGCCUCGUGCCUAUGCGCUUUGGUUUGUUUCUUUACCACAUCAAGUGCACGCCGUAACGAUACGCGAGGGAGAAAAACUUAAACUGAAAUUCACGAAAUCGAUCAAAUUCAUCCACGCGGCCUCACGCAAAGGCCACGCAGCAGCGACGCGAGUCAGAACCACAGAGUAGUUAUACAAAAAUCCGUAACGCCGCCUCGCCAUGUAUUCGCAAUGAUUCACCAUCGAAAUGCACUCGCGAUGUUCCUGACCAGUGCGCCUUGGCGAGGCAUCCAGACCACCACCCCCCUGAACGUCCGUCAUUUUGAAUAGAAUUUUAAUAUCUUGAAUUGGCAGUUUACACGAUGGUAGACUGAAAAACUCAAGUUACAUAUUGGAAGAUAAAAGUUAAACACUUAACAAUUAAUUAAUUAAUUAAUUACAACAAUCAAAAAGGAGUUAUUUAAAUUAGCUAUUAAAUGUCAAAGUUUUAAAAGUGCAAUGUCAUAUUGAAACGUUAUUCUAGGUAAAAUGUUAUUAAUCCAGGCAUAGUUUAUAAAGAGUCCCAUUUUCUUACGCAAUAUGGCAGACAGCUAUCGCCAAAUCGGUUCGUGUGUGAUUUAAAAAGUGGAAUGUUCCGAACAUUUCUAAGAUUGAUCUCAUGAUUCAAUGAUUUCGGCAGCAACUCAAAGAUUUUGCUAGGGGGUAGAUGCUUCUCGUAAAGGUACUGUCUUGGUACUUCAAAGGCGCCGACAAGAAGUCGGACUUCUGCAAGUGUUUAUUCUGUGCCACCGCGGCAAUAUAGUGCCUGGGCAUGAGGCAAGUUCUAUAAAGUCGACCCGAUAGCCCAUGGCGCAUGUCAGUGACUUUGACUGCAAACUAAUCUGUUCAAUUAUAAUCGUGUUAAUAGCCGCAACCCCCAAGGCAGGAAAAACAGGAGGUUAAAGUAAGCAAAGAACCAAAAGAACCUGUUAAAGAACCAAAAGAACCUGUCAAAGAACCAAAAGAACCUGUCAAAGAAGCAUUGAGUGAAGAUGAAUUAGCCAAGAAAACGACCGCACUAAUUGAUGAAUAUGCUAACAUUCGAGAUUUAAAGGUAAAGCUUGUUGAUGUUUUGGUUACGAUAUAUUCGAUGCAUUUAAGGUUACAGAACACCUUUGAGUGUUAAUUUUGCCUAAAAUUUUUUUAUUGGUUUUCAUGAAAGCAUUAGACUAGUUCUAUCUGACCAAGUUUGGACGAAAAAUGUUGAAAACUCGCAGAGUUAUUUAAUAAAAUACAUUUCGCUGCAAUAAGAAAAACAUUGAAAAUGUAAUAUUCAAAUUCAAUUUUCUCGCGAAGAAUUUUACGGCAAUUACUGAUUUUCAAACGAGUUGUGCUCCUGCGGGUUUUAACCAAUUUUUCUCAAAUUUUCACAGGACAUAGUAAAAGGCGUCAGUUUCAAAAUUGUGUUCGGCUUUUUUUAAAUUUUGGAUAUUUUAAAAAUAAAGAGCAAUUGACUCAAACAAUUCAGAAAUAUAUUGCAGUCGUCAAAGAAAUCGCCAUAUCAGCGGAAUGACGAAAUAAACAAAAAUUUCCGAACACAAUUUUUUAGAACAACUAUUUUACUGUAUAAAAAUGAUAUUUUCAUAAAUAUAUCUUAAAACCAGCAGGAGCACAACUCGAAAGCGUAACGGUACCGCGAUUUAAGAUUUUCCUAAAUAAUUCUUACAUUAUUUUAUUAUUUGUUUAUUUUACAACUUUACCAUAUUUUGCAUGCACUGGAGAACAUCUGGUGAAAAUUUGAUGAAAAUCGGACUGAUAUUGAGCGCGCAGUAGCGAUUUUUCGCAAAACGCCAAAAAGGGUGUCCUGUAACCUUAAUGUACACACGUAAAAACGCGCAAGUUGUUACAGCUCUGCAAACAAGUUAUAACAAGGUUGUCGUCAAGUCUAUAUCAGGAUGUGUUCACACAGCUUGUUCCCAGUUGUUGUGCCAAGUCUGGAACAAGUUGUUAUCACCUUGUUACAAAGUUGAUGAAAGUAGCAGACUUGUUACAAGUUGUUGCAACAAGACUGAUACAGUCUGAUCGUAACAGUUAAGUUGCUACGAGCUUGUUGUAUCAUCUUGUUAACAACUUGUUGCGUGUCUGUUGGUCUCAUCGAUUUGUUGUAUAUCUAUUGGCCUCAUCAACCCUUCCAGAAAAUUCUGGAACAAGGUGUUAUCUUCUUUGUCUAGUUAUAGCCUAUUGAAGGGAAGAUGGCUGUAAAACUCAUUGGAAACAAUAUAACUCAUCUACCUUUUAACGAAUAACUCGUCUAUGUUAGUCAACGUUUAUUCAUAAAUCUGGUCCUUCACUGUCACGUGUGUUUUGUAUUUUUGCCAAAUCCACCAAUAACAAUUUCCAAUUUCCCUAUUGUUCGAGUCACGGAUAGGUAACUUUCCUAAAAUAUUGCUGUUGGUUAGUUGGGCAAAAAUACAAUACACACGUGACGGUGCAGGACCAGAUUUAUGAAAAAACCUUGACUAACAGAUAAUAAGUUAUAUUGUUAUUACAAUGAGUUUCACAACCAUCUUCCCUUCGAUAGGUUAUGAUCUAGUGGAAUCAAUGUUACUGCUGUUUACAGGAAGGGACCAUCGAACCUUUCAUACCUAACCCAACUGAUGCAUAAUUCGAAUGGUCCGUUGAUUGUAUGAACCAGACUCUUUUUAAACAGCCCUAACAUUGGUCCUUGUAGACCAGUUUUAAUAGUCUAAGUGUCAUUAGUUCAUCUCUUAGAUUGAAUUUCCGAUGCCCACUAAUAAUUAGCUGUUCGGGACACCCUGUAUAAUUUUCUAACAUGCUGGCAAUUGUGUUUUCAGGAAGCGAUCACGUGUUUCACAGACCUUCAUUCCCCCAACCUUCAUUAUCUGUUUGUAUUGACUGCUGUUGAACAUACUUAUGAAAUGUCGUCGAGAGCUCGUUACGAUACUGGAAAGUUGUUUGUUGAACUGCUAUCACAAAAAAAACUGAGCAAGGAACAACUUACUAAAGGGUAAGCAGGGCUUUCAGAAUUAUUCUGAAUAGGUGGCUGUGUUGAUCAAGUAGACAGCUGUGGGGAGAGUGGUCAAGGGAGUUUUAAAGUCAUACAAAUUAACUACGGUAGUGUAUAUUGAUUAGAUAGCAACCAUAGAUAUCUUAUAUAUACUAGAUAGCGCAUCUCUUUUAGUAAAAUUGAAGCCAAGAAUAUUCCAGCGUUUACCCCCAUUUGAAUCGAUGGCGACCAUGUUGGAGUUUCCCACCCGCUAAUAAACGCUUAAAAAACAAAAAAAACUUUCAUCAUUUGAAUAGUUUGAAAAUGUAUUUGGAAUAGGUUUAACUUAAUGUUUAAGUUCCCUGUUUAAGAAAUAGAAAACAUAUGAGUCUUCUCAUUUCAUGGGAAUAUCCUGAGUCUGCAAUCACGGCUUCAAUUUUUGAAUUGCAGAAUAAUUAGACACACUAUCUAGUGUAUAUAAGAUAUCUAUGAUAGCAACACAACUGAGCUCUGUAGGUCUGCAACCAAACUAUAAUAAUUACUUUCGUUCUUCAACAUCAUAACUUCAAGAUUUAAGAUGGCGAGUAACUAAAUCGGUUUUACAUAAUGUUAUGUUCUUUUCGAAAUUAACCAGACUAUAAAGUAGACCAGGUUGAGGAAAAAUAACUUUGUUGGAAAGCUUAGAGUGGAGGAAGGAGAGCAGGAUUGAUAUUUCAAGUACUAAACAAAGUAACCGGCGGUAAACCUCGUGCCACCCGCUGGCUCAUUUUGAAAGCCCAGGGUGAGACUAGGAGACAUACAGUAAGCUAUGGUUUGUGUCUAUAAGCGUUGAACCGGUUCCAAUUUUCGUCUUUUGAUAUUUUUUGUUUUCCCACAGUUUCAACAAUGUAUUGGAGGUCGCUUAUGACAACGCAAUAGAUUAUCCAAUGCUGUGGAAAUAUUUGUCGGAAAUUAUCACUCCAGUUAUCCUAGGAGAUCUGUUCACACUAUCUGAUCUCAAGCCACAGAUACUUGAGCAUCUCAUUCCUGUUGGCAAAGCUGCCGCCCUAUUGGCUGAAAUAUUACUUAUUACGAAAGAAUUAAAGGUGAGUAUAUACGGUUUUGGUAGUUGGAUAAUUGUCAUCUUGCAAUUCAAGAUUGAGCUAAAUUAAAUUAAUUAUACAGGGUGUAUAAAAAGCAGACAAUUAUGAAACGGCUCUCAAUUUUACAAAUCCGUUCAUUUCAUGAAAUUUUUGAUAAAUAUAGAUGUUUUGGUACUUAUAAGGUAGAAUAGACAAACAUUUUUCGUAAGAUAAAUGGAGGUCCAGCAGGGUCUUAGCUAGGAUUUUAGAUCUUGGGCGUGUUUCUAAUGACCAAGGUGUGCACAUGUCAAUUAUUACCUUGAAUAGCCAAAUCACGGUUCUAGUUAUGCUCGCCAACAACAAUGUCCGUGGUUGUUCUAUGCUUUGCAACCAAAUACAAGGCGAGCAUACGCUCAUAUUGCGCACUGACAUUAUUUCAGCAACUCUUGGGGGUAUUUAAAACCAUUUUAACACCAUACAGUUCCCAUUAUCCAUCAAAACAUUAAAACAUGACGGAUCACUUUUGCCAAUUCAACAACAACAGUUUUUAGAAAUUCUGUCUGUUGUAAGUAGCACCACCUUAUUUUAUGAACCUACAUGAACCUAGUGAAGCCGUGUUCAUUUUAUCUAGCCGUGUUUUUCCACUUUCGACCGCGAUAACACGGCCGACACGGCCCUCUAGCUAAGACCCUGAGGUCCAGUAAGUGCAAUCCCUUUUUGUCCCUAUGUUACCACGUUACCACAGAAAAAACCUUGACUAUAAAAUAUUUUUUUAUACUGGACAGCUCUAUUUGUUUUGCCCUGAACAAUGCGUUGUUUGAUAUAAUCAAAAUGUAAAAUUUUUUCAGAGCGAAAGUCAGGCAGUCCAAAUAUGGACAGAUCUAGGAAUUUCUUGGUCUCAGGUUUUACCUGAACGCUUAACAAAAGAAGACUUUCUAUCAAGAAAGGUAAAAGAUUGUCAUCUUUGACCGUUUGAAGGUUGUGGAAAUUAAAACUUGUUUCAAGGCGUGUUCCUAAUAACCAGCUUCUUUCUUUAGAAUUUAAAUUUUUUGCCCUCAGAAAGUGAUGAACUAUUAAAAUUACUCCGCGCUGAUCAAUUUAAAAAUGAUUCUGUAUUUGCUCAUAUUGAGGUAAGUGAAAUGAUAUUAAAUUAAGGUUCGUUAUAUUUGUACUGGAUAGCUCUAUCAGUUCUAAACGGUUUCUACAUGCCACUGAUCCAUUGAUAUACUACAGGAAGAAACUGGAGUACGGUACAGUACCCGUAGAAAUUCUGCAGUGUUCGGCUGAAUCGAACUGGAUUUAGUUUUCUCAGAUGCGACUGAAGGCACUUCAAUUCUGAUCACCUGCGUUAUUGCAGGAAUCAAACCCAUGCAGUUCGAUGAGGUUAAAGACGACGCCAUUAAUCGCCGAUAUUAGCUAACUGUUCGUUUCUUGUGUUAUAGAAAAAUUUUAAAGAAGAAAAGAGGAAAGAACCAGAAUUUAUAAGUCAGUUAGUCACAGCCGUAGCUGAAAGCUGUAUAAUAAAUAAAGGUAACAUAUAAAAAUCUAAAUGGAUGCAAAAAUAAUAUUAAAGACAAAAUGUGAUACGAUAAUUUGAGUAAUAAUAUGAUGAUAAGCGAACAUGUGAACAACAAUUACAUUUCAAAUACCGUAGUUGGUGACCAGAGCUAGCAGAGCACCUCCCCUUUGUAGAAUAAAAAGCACACUUAAUCGACGUUUUCAAUGUCAAAGUUUUAGGAUAUGAUGUCAUUAGAAGAUAUUUUGGAGUAAAAAACAAAAUGAAAACUAAUUUGCAUUCUAUCUAAUAACAUCAUAUCAGAAAAAUCUUAAAGUGAAAAAGCUGAUUAAGAUGAUGAGGUCUUUUCCUAAAAAAAUAUAUUACAAUUUUUCUUAGAAUAACCCAAAUGUAACAUAUACAAAAAUCAUAUUUGGUCAACCUGAAUAUUUUAUUUUCUACUUUUAGACCAAGAAGUUGGUCCAGAUUGUUGCCAGGAUAAGCUAAAAGCCAGGAAAGAUAUAUUACGCAAAUAUCUGGACAAUAAUAAUAGUUUGGAACUUCAAGCAUUGUUUGCUCUCCAGGAAAUAUAUGUGAAAUAUAAUAAACCCGCAGGUAAGUCAUGAAACUUGCACUAACUUUAUUAUAUGCUUGGUAGUUUUAUCUGUUGGUUCUAUAAGUCAGCUAGUCACAGCCGUAGUUUUAUCUUUCCGUCCUUUAUGGUAUCGUGGUCACUACGCUUGCCUUUCAAGCUGGGAGACCCGCGGGUUCAAUCUUUGGUCGGAACUCUACUCUCAAGGCACAGAUUAAGAGGACCAGAUGUCCGACUUCAUUGAAAAAAGCGUAAGGGCUUGGUCACUGCGCAUGCCUUACUGCGCAUAGCUUAGCAAGUGACUAGAGGCAUUCACCCCCCCGACAUUAAAUUUUAAAAUGGCGGCAACAAUUUUAUUUUGAGACAACAAACAUGAAAAUAAACUCUUUUUAUUUGCCCGAGAGAGGGAUUGUGUGGUUAAAUUUGUGUUUAAAACUUUCAACGUCAGUACGCGUAUUGGAAAAGUGAGUUCAUCGCAAUAUUUUACGAAUUUUUCUCUUUUUCGAUCGUCGUAGGAGUGAAAAACUAUUGGCGAAAUGAAAAUGCCACUUUGCUGAGAUAUUUGAAGUCAUUUUCUACAAUGUACGAUGUGUUUUCUUGCACUUUCUACGAUGUCUGAUAUUCAUUGACAAAUUAUGUGCAUAAUUUAUAGUUUACUUUGCAUAGAUAUUAACUAGCUAGAAAGCUGCUAGAUAAGUAAAUUCGUAAAGUCCUCUUAAUCUGUGCUCAAGGUCUUAAAAUGAUUGAGGGGUGAAAGUGCCACUUUUACAUUGACACCGAUAAAUGGUUAGACUUGCGCGCCUUCUCGGAUAAGGACGUUAAAAUCGUAGGUAUACCUCGGAUCCCCUGUCAAUUGGGCAAUAUAGCCUGUUGGGAAAUCCGCUCACCAAUGAGUGAGAAACUCUGCAAUAAACUCAAUUUUUUUUCCAACCAAACUGCAAAGAUUCCUCUUGCAUGCGACCAGGCUUUUAGCCAGAAAGACGCCUUUGGACGCCCAAAUUCUGGGGGAAAAGGGAAAUUAUUCUCAUUGAGUUCUCUAAAUAUAUUAAUAUAUCUGAAACGAAAUAGCUUCAAUUUUCAAUAUUAUUAUACAUUUGACAUUUUGAUUAAUUUGAGAUGGUGUACCUUGUUGUAUGUAAAUGUCGCAGUUUAGCCUAGUUUCCAUUUGGUCGUUAGUUGUCGCUGGCACGAUAAGUAGUACAAUCAAAAUAGAAAAUAGGUCAGAAAAAAUUAGUAAAAAGCCAAAAAUUAGCGUAUGUACUCUCUUCAGCAACCUUGAUAACACAAUAAAAGUCCUCAUGUAUCCUCUUGGAGCUUUCUCCAUUAUGCCAAGUUUUUUGUUCGAUUUCCCUAGUGAACUCCUAUAUUGUUAAAAAAGUCGAAAUCGAAAAAACCUUGUCAUAAUGGAAAAAGCUCCAAGAGGAUACAUAGGGACUUUUAGUAUAUUGUUCAGGAUAGUUAAAUUAUUACAUCUAACAAUUUUCAGCUUUUUACUAUUUUUUUCCAACUUUGGCCUUAAAAUGAGCUAAAAUUACUGAACUAAAAUGGCUGAGUGUCAACAAAACUUUAUAAAAGUCUGCAAUCAUUAAGACUGAUUUGCAUAUCACAUAAAAAGACUAUUAUUAUAUUAGACUAUUUCACAUCUACCGCUUGUCGUGCCAGCGACAACAACGACCAAAUGGAAACUAGGCUUUAAGCAAAGAAGCAUAGCGGCAUAAAACUCGCAAAGUUAGGGGUGUUUGAAAAAUCUCGAAUGAGUUUUAGUAAGCUGGACAGAUCCUGACAUGAAGUAACCUCAAACCUCUAAUACUGUCUAAGAAUCUCAGACCCAAACUUCAAAGAUUUUCCAGAGGAACGUUUUCUCAAAGCCCCCGUAUACUGUAGUGUGUCAUUAUACCAAAAUUAGACGCCCUCUUUCAAGAUCCUGGCUAAAAGCCUGAGAUGAAAUUGUAAACGACAACUGCAUACAUAUUAUAGAAAAUAGAAAGGCACCAUGUACUAAUAAUCACUGUGCACCAACACGCCUGUAGAAUUUGUAAGUUAUUUUCAUUAAUACAAUUCCUUUUUCUUUCAGCUAUGCUGUCACAAUUUUUUAACACACUCUACGAUGAAGAAGUUAUAACUGAAGAAGCAUUUAUGACCUGGAAACAAGACGAAAAUCCUUUGAGGCAAGAAGGCAAAGGACCGGCUCUCCAAGCAACGGCUUCGUUUUUUGAAUGGCUUCAGUCGGCCGCUGUUGAAGGCAGCGAAAACUAA